AUGGCUGGUGCGCGACGGAAACAGGACGCAAUGACACAAAGUGGCCACUUUGCAGCGCCGUACACUACGUUUACCCAGACUUUUCAAGAUGAUGAUAACCACAAAGGUGAUGAAAAUCAUCGCCGACCUAAGGCGCAUGUAACACAAGUACCAGGAAUUCGAGAGGAUAUGAUUGGUGGUGAAGAGAGGGCCCCGAAAAUCAAACCGCAGAAUAUAGAAGGCAUUCGGGCGAAGUUCCUUGCUUCGUCGUCCAGGUCAAUAAAUACUCAGACGGAGUCGCCUCAAACUAAUAUUCAAUGGGAUAUCAGAGCCAUUCGUGAUGCUCUUAAGGUAUCACAACAACAAUACUCUCUCAGUCGUCUUUACCAAAAUAUCAGCACAUUUGAUGGAGUCUUCUUGCAUUGGAAGCAACUGAACUAUCCUCCCAUACAGGAAGAUCAGCUGCUCGAUCCGAACCCCUCCAGGUUUUCAGUCCUCGAUGCCGCUUUACUUCCACCCGGAGUUAUCGUCAAGGAAGACCUGGAUGCUGCAACUUUUCUUGAGGACCAGAAGAUAGUGAUGCACCUUCGUACUUCCAACCUCAAAGACCACUGGAGUGAUCUUCUGACAAAUUGGAUAAUGCGUAACUAUUCAAGGAAACGUACACAGCAAACCCUUCAAUAUGCAAAAGUAGAACAGAACGAUUUAUUGACAAUUUUGGCCAUUUUCGACGAACUCAAGUCAACAAAAGGAGCAGAAGCAGCAAUGACUUUUUCGCGUGUACCCGACAGCCAGAAGUGUCGCAUCCCAAGCGUUAUCACGACAUCCGAUGUCGAAGUUGCUAAGUCAGCUGAAAAACACGCGAUUUUGGAUCUCGACCAGAGUCGGUUCGAAGCCAUCUGGACGAAAUUAAUUACGCUCUGGAUUCUUCGUAACAUAUCGCGAGAGCAAAUUCUUCAAACACUUUUUCGCGCUGAGCUCAGGGAGGAGUCUUUACCGAGAGUAAUUGUCAUUCAAGAAAGAAUCGCGUCCCCUUCAAACGCAGGCCUAGUGCUCAUUCCCGGUGAUUCAAUCCAAAACCAAGUCAAGCUCGCUUCUGAACAAGUCGAAGGUAACGCAAAUUUACGUAAUGGUGAGCUAACAGUUGGUCUGCACAACCUUUUGAUAAAAUGGGGCAAUUGGAAUAUCCCUCGCAUUCAGGUGGCGAUAACUCUCGAUCACGCAGGAUUUAGUUUAGAGGAUGUGACGCAGAUCUUGUCACUUUAUGAUCCCAUUCGCAGAAAGUUUGGUCCCGUAUAA